AUGUCGGCUGGAGGCAUCAACCGUCGUACUAGCGAUGUGGAGGAGGAUGCCUUGAAGCUUGUCUUUCUCAAAAGGUUUGAAACAGCAGAAACUCUUCUAAAUUCAGAAGUCCACAUGCUUCUAGAGCAUCGAAAGCAACAGAAUGAAAGUGUGGAGGAUGAACAAGAAUUUUCAGAGGUUUUCCUGAAAACUUUAAAUUACACUGUACAUUUUAGUCGUUUUAAAAACAGGGAAAUCAUUGCUAGUGUUUGGAGUUUGUUACUUCAGAAGAAGCUCCAUAAAUUUGAGUUGGUUUGUUUAGCAAACCUUUGUCCUGAGUCAGCAAAGGAGGCUAAGGCUCUGAUUCCAAGCCUAGAGGGUCGAUUUGAAGAUGAAGAAUUGCAACAGAUCCUUGAUGAUAUUCAGACCAAGAGGAACUUCCAUUAUUAAUACCAGGAACCCAGCCCUUCAGUGAAAACAAAAGAGGAAGUUUCCCAAAAUUCUUCUGCAACUGAGAAGAACUUGAACUCUCUCCAGAGACUCUUCAGAAAUUUCAUCUCAAAAGUUGGACUAGCCUAUUAUGGAAAAGGCAAUGCAGAGUAGUCUUGCAUCAAGAAGUAAUUCAAACUUGUGACCAGUUAUGAUUCUUACUGACUUUUUGAAUAUUUGAGAUGUGGCAAAGGCCAGGAAUGCCACUUGAAUCUUAAAGGGGAUUUGGGAUGAUUUCCUUUAAUGAAGGGUUUCCAAGGGAGAUGAUAGUGGACCAGAGCCUAGGUGCUUGCAUCAACUUCCCCAUCCCUUCUCUUAAAUGGAAUUGAUUAAGGGGAAAGAUUGAGUGGGAGAAUUUAGCCAGUAA